AUGAUGGAAGCGGGCAAGUUCCCCGGGAUAAUUGGUGCCGUAAGCGGCCAGGACGGUGGCGUCAACUUCUGCGACAUGGCAUACUACCAGAAGCUAGGGGAGGGCUCCACCAUGUCCAUUGAUAGCCUUAACAGCAUGCAGACCAGCAUGCACGGUGGUUCCAUAAUGUCUGUGGACAACAGUAGUGUUGGUUCUACUGACUCGCGUACUGGGAUGCUUAACCAUCCUAGCCACAGGGGAGCUGUUGCUGUGGUCAGCUACUCGGUUGGGAACAGCAUUUUCCGUCCUGGGCGGGUGUCUCAUGCCUUGAGUGAUGAUGCGUUGGCACAGGCUUUGAUGGACACUAGAUUCCCGACUGAGACACUCAAGGAUUAUGAGGAGUGGACCAUUGAUUUGGGGAAGCUCCACAUGGGAUUGCCCUUUGCACAAGGCGCAUUUGGGAAGCUAUACAGGGGGACCUACAAUGGGAUGGAUGUUGCCAUUAAGCUUUUGGAGAGGCCCGAGGCUGACCCCGCACAAGCUCAGCUGCUGGAGCAACAGUUUGUGCAAGAAGUUAUGAUGCUUGCAGAAUUAAGGCAUCCAAAUAUAGUCAAGUUCGUUGGCGCAUGCAGGAAGCCAAUAGUUUGGUGCAUUGUCACAGGGUAUGCAAAGGGUGGAUCUGUUAGGAAUUUCCUGAAUAGGAGGCAGAACAGGUCUGUUCCACUGAAGCUGGCAGUGAAGCAGGCACUAGAUGUUGCACGUGGCAUGGCUUAUGUUCAUGGCCUUGGGUUCAUCCACAGAGAUCUUAAGUCAGAUAACCUCUUGAUUUCUGGUGAUAAAUCGAUCAAGAUCGCUGACUUCGGAGUUGCUAGGAUUGAAGUGAAGACCGAGGGGAUGACACCUGAAACAGGAACAUACCGUUGGAUGGCUCCGCAAUUAUGCUUCAUUUCCUGA